AUGACGCUGCAAUGGGCAUUGGCUCACGCGGUUUGCGAUAGAAUGGGGCGGGGACUCGUCACCGUGCCCCGCCUUUGGCGUGCAGCACGUCUUGCCUCACAGAACGGACGCCCCCGGGGGCGCGGCGGGUCGCAACCCGCUAGACCGUACACUGCUCUGGGAUAUCAUGAAGCCGUGCUUUCUGCCGAACGUUUCUACACACGCUGCGCUGCGCUGCGCCGCACCGCGCCACCGAAAACGUCUUCCUCAGACUCGAAGUCGACAAGGCCACAACGAAGCCGUUUAGCUCUGAGCCUUGCUCGAAGAAAGCCUGACCCGUUCCGUACAAUACUAAAGUCGCUUGCCCAUGCACACUCCGGGGAACGCAAGGCAAGUCUGGACGCACCUCCUCGAGCCGCGAUCUCUGCCCACAGUGGUCCAUGCGGCAGACUCGCGAAAACUGCGCGAGGCAUCUCGGGAAGAAUCGCUCAAACUUGUUGUUGCUUGGAGUGCUCAGGAUGCGCGCAGCUGCAUUUCGGAUCCCCACUCCUGAGCGGAAACGGCACAUGUGUCUUCGAGCAUGUUGAAGGCGACUUGCUCGCAUCUCAGCGCAAAAGUGUGGAGUCCGGUGUUCCACCAAUGUAUGCAGGCACUAAUUGA